AUGUCAGAAGCCCCAGGUCAAACCCCGAGCUUGUUGAGGAGGGCCACCACGAUGUUGAAGCGGGCAAGAACGGUUCUCCAGCCUACUCAUCCCAUUAUACCGAAGCUCGACGAGAGCCACGAGGAGUUGCUUUCGCCGUUGCUAGUGGAUACCAAGGCCACGCUGGUGAGCAAGAGAUUCAUGGUGCUGUCCAGCUUGGACGUGCCCAUGGUAGUGUUGAACCUCAACGUGAGGCCGGGCGAGCGGCACUUUGUCACCUGGUUCAUCAUUUCUUCGUAUUUCCCCUUGAUUGCAGCGUGUCUUGGCCCGUUGGCAAAUAUGAUCAGCAUCGUAGCCCUCAUCCAGCAUUGGAGACAGGACAAGGUAACUGGAGAGUUGUUGCCCGACCCGCGGCACGUGAUGGUUUUGAACGGACUAUCGUUGGCGUUGGGUGUUCUCGGCAACAUUUCGUUGUUGAUGAACUUUUCAAGAUCGGUGAAGUACUUGAUUACCCAGUGCAUCUCCAUCUGCUGCUGGUUUUGUGCGUCGAUGCUUUUGGUGGCAGCGAUGUUGAUAACCAGGUACAGGGAGAUGGGGACGCUGCUGAGCUUGGCUCUAUCGGAGGGUUUCUACUUUGCCUGCUUCACCGCUGGCUACUACUUUCUGUGCAUGAUCAUUCUUUUGGUCAACUUUGCCGGCUACAAGUUGAAAAAAUACCCCGCGACAUUCAAUUUGGACCAAAAGCAAAGGACGUUGAUGUUUUACACGAUAUUGUUUGCCAUGUGGGCCGUGGCUGGCGCAGUAUCCAUGAGCCAUUUGAUCAAGGACUUGACCUACGGGCUGUCCUUGUACUAUUGCAUAGUCAGCUUCUUGACGGUGGGGCUUGGAGACAUCUUGCCCGAGACGGCAGCUGCCAAGGCCAUGGCUCUUGUUUUUUCCUUGGGAGGUGUGUUGAUCAUGGGGCUAAUUAUCGCAACUUUGCGCUCGGUCAUCCUUGCCUCGGCGUCGCCGGCGAUCAUCUGGGAUGCAACAGAAGUUGCGCGAAUCAAAUGUCUUUGCGAACUCAAAAGGGAAAACCGCCGGUUGUCGCCCGAUGACUCCUACCAGAAGAUGCGCCGUAUUCGCCAUCACGUGCAUAAGAAGCACAACACCUUUUCGCUGAUCUUGACGAUACUAGUGUUUAUCCUGUUUUGGCUUAUAGGAGGGCUAAUAUUCCACUACGUUGAGCACUGGUCGUGCUACAAUGCCUUUUAUUUCUGCUCGCUUUGUCUAUUGACAAUAGGGUACGGGGACUUUGCUCCUCUGACCAGGCUUGGCCGAUGUUUCUUUGUCAGCUGGGCCAUUACGGCGGUGCCCAUGAUGACGAUAUUGAUAUCGAGUGUCGGUGAUUCGCUAUACUCCGGGAUCAACAGCUUUAGUGCCAUUUUCACCAAUUUCAUGAUUCCGAUUGAUGCAAACGGCGAGUUGAACAAGUUGCUCAAUCGCCAGGCGAAGGAGGAGGAGAACGAAAACCAGGUGGGGAUGAAUGGGUUGUCUAGAGUUGAAGAAGAUCUUCUCAAGCUCGAAGGUGACGAUGAGGCUGAAGACGAAGCCGCUAGCCACGGAAUCCACCGGUUGAGCUACGAUUCAACUCUGGAAACGGCCAACUCGACUCUGGUUGGCGUCAACAAGAUUAGACGACGACUAGUUCGCCAGAAAAGUUCUCAUGAACAGCUUUUGGGGUACCUAGAGAGACUCAAACCGCUAAUAUCCGACGGCAUCCAGAGCCCCGACAAAAAAUAUACUUUUCAGGAAUGGAACACAGCAUACAAGACGUUGGAGUUGAAGAAAGUCCCCGAUGAUGUUGAAAUGGAAGACUACGGAGGUUUUUGGCUCGGACAGUAUAGCCCCUUGCGACUACCUUUGAAAGAGCCAAACUACCUAAUGUUGAGGGUAUACUACAAGAUUGAAGAGUCGUUGGCGACAAUUGUUGAGUCUGAAAGACAGGAAUUGCAGAGCAUCAAUGAGUUGGAGGACGAUAGGCCGCGAGCGAAAGAUAGCAAGCCAGUAUAA